UCGUCCAAGAGAGAGAAAAGGGGACAGAAAGCUGCAACCUGCCUGCCACCGGAGAGGUCAUCCUUCCCUCGGACAGACACCCGAACCCUGCUUCGGUGUGAAUGCGGACCGCCGCGUUUUGUUGUUGUGACCCAGGGAGUUUGACAGCUGGCUGAGCAUCCUAAAGAGUGGUUUAAAGGAAUCCCCACUAAAGCCUCCUCUGAUUACGCUCUUCACAGCAGAUCCGAAUCUCGUCUGGAACAGUAGAUGACAGCAACGCCCUAAAUUGUGAUAAUGGCUCACCAACGUGUCUCUGAAACUUGUGAAAUCCAGACCAGGAAGAAUCUGAUCGUCAUGAUUUGAUUCGAAAGCUAUCUGAACACACGCUGUCAGCCACGAUGGAAAUGAGAUGUCUGGAUAAGGACACAUUGUGGGGUUCAACAUGGUUUGCCUAAAAGACAUGACCUGGACUUACUGGGAUUUCCUCUGAGCUGCUCGGACUGGAUUUUGGGUUUUGCUGUGGCUGCUAAUGGAAACGAGCGUCGUUCUGUUUACAUCCCUCAUCUCUCAGGAAAUCCAAACUUGACUGAAUAGAUUUUUGUGUGAGGUUCUCUGCAAGAUGGAGCACACGAGGAAGCGUGCUCCUGUUCAACGCCUGACGCCAGUGACAUAAGAAGGAUUUAAACCGAUAGAGACUGUAUGACUCUGGCAUCAUCACGAAACAUAAACCCUUAAUCUGGAGUUUUUCUUUCACCAGCUCCAGCAUGCAUUGCUCUGUCAGGAAGAAACGUCCCACGUGUGAGUCUGAUUUCUUGGCUAUCGUUGUUCCCUCCAUGCACGGGUCUGGCUACCUCGAUUAUACUGUCGAGAACCACGCUUCCAGAUCCUUUUUGGCCAUUGAUGAGUUUAGACGGCAAGAGAUGCUGUGCGAUCUGGUGUUACACGUCACGUACAAGGACCGGACGAUGGACUUCAAGGUUCACAAAGUGGUGCUGGCCUCCUGCAGUGCCUUCUUCAGAGCCAUGUUCACCAGAGGCUUCAAGGAGUGCAGUGCUUCGGAGGUCACCCUGCGCGACGUGUGCCCCGAGGUGGUGGGAAGACUCAUCGACUUCGCCUACACGUCCCGCAUCACGGUGGGAGAGAAAUGUGUGCUGCAUCUGCUUUUGGCUGCCAUGAGAUAUCAGAUGGAGGACGUGGCCAAGGCGUGUUGUGAUUUCCUCACAAAGCACCUGGAGCCGGCCAACGUCAUCGGGAUCUCCCGCUUUGCCGAGGAGAUCGGCUGUACGGAGCUGCACAAGACGUGCCGAAAGUACAUCAACUCGCACUUCAGUGAGGUGACCAAAGUAGACGAGUUCUUCAGUUUGUCUCACUGCCAGCUGCUGGAGCUCAUCAGUCAGGACAGCCUGAAGGUGCUCUGUGAGUCUGAGGUGUAUAAGGCGUGCACAGACUGGGUGAGGUGGGACAUGGAGGGCAGAGCCCAGUACCUACAUGCGCUGUUGAAUGCUGUUCAUAUUUAUGCGCUGCCUCCUAAGUUUCUAAAGAACCAGCUGCUGUCCUGCCCCAUCCUCAGCAAGGCCAAUUCCUGCAAGGACUUCCUGUCUAAAAUAUUCCAGGAAAUGACGCUGAUGAAAGUUACUCCUGCACCCAAUCGUGGAACCCAGCUCAUCUAUGUGGCCGGAGGAUACCGGCAGCAUUCCCUGACCACCAUGCAGGCGUACGAUCCCAGGAGGAACGUCUGGAUGAAUUUGGCCGAGAUGGGAACUCCAUGCAGUGGACUGGGAGCCUGUACGCUGUUUGGACUCAUCUACGCUGUGGGAGGCAGGAACCUGUCACUUCAGACUAACUCAGACUCCAGCGCUCUGUGCUGCUACAACCCAAUGACCAACCAGUGGAGCCAGCGAGCCUCCCUCAACAUCCCCAGGAACCGGGUCGGCGUGGCUGUGGUGGACGGCUGCAUCUACGCCGUGGGCGGCUCCGAGGGCUCUGUGCAUCACAACACGGUGGAGAGGUGGGAUCCGGAAUGUAACCGCUGGUCUUUUGUGUGUCCGAUGUCCGUGGCUCGACUCGGAGCGGGCGUGGCGGCCUGUGGGGGGGCUCUGUACGUGGUGGGGGGGUAUGACGGACAGAACCGCUGGAACACAGCUGAGCGAUACCUACCUGACUCGAACACCUGGCAACCUCUAGCUCCAAUGAACACUAGACGCAGCGGACUGGGAUUGGUUAGCAUGAACUCUUACCUGUACGCCAUAGGAGGCUAUGAUGGGCGGAACCAGCUGUGCACGGUGGAACGCUACAACACCACCAGGAACAUCUGGGAGCCCAGGGCCUCCAUGAAGCACUGCCGCAGCGCGCUGGGAGUCACAGCCCACCAGGGACGCAUCUACGUCUUUGGGGGCUUCAACCAGCACGGCUUCCUGUCCAGCGUCGAGUGCUGCUGUCCGGACCAAAACGAGUGGGCGCUCAUCACCGACAUGCCCGUUGGACUCAGCGGCAUGGGCAUCACCGUCACCAUGGAGCCCUGCCCCGGCCCCCUGCCCGAACGAGAAGAUGAGGAUGAAUACAUGUAGGCCAAAGGACGAAGAGGUGUUGCAAUUUAAAAGCAGAAACAAGCGAAGAGGGUUCGUGAAAUCAAAAGACGUUCCAAAAUCAAUAAAAAAUUUUUUUAUUUUUUUUUAGCCGAAUAAAAAAAAAUUUUUUAUUUUUUUUUUAUGUCGCCUCCUUCAUGGAUUUCGCAGAGAAUGCAUCUCAGGAGACCUUGAUGCGGGCCGAAGAGUAGUUUCUGUUUCAAGCACAAUCACGCACAAAAAAAGAAACUACCUGACUGAAAGGAAUGUUUAUUGAGACUUUUUCUUAAAAAAAGGAAAAGACAAAUAAGGCCGUGCUGAAGGACUCUCUCAUGUUAUUUCCCCUUUCUUUGUCCCCUUCAGGUUGUCAGAGCCGCAUAAAAUUUCUAAAAAGUCCAUUUAAAUAGAUUUGAUUGUUUUUAUUUCUACUCUUUUCUGUUUGCAUCUUUGACAGUGAUUCUCAAAAGUUAACCCCUGUUAAACAUCAAAGUUUUUAGACUUACACCAGUGAGACCAUGAUGAAUAAUUUUCACUUUUAAGUUCAUCUAUAUCCUUUACUAUUUACUAUUUUUAAAAACAAAUUUGCCCUGUAGCAAAUAUAAUAAUUAUAGCUGCAUAGAGUAAUCACUUCCUGGGAUCUAUGUUUUUAAUGAUCCCACUGCAGAAAAACGUCAACCCUGUUUACCAAUCUCAACAUUCAUCAAGUUUAUUGCAUAUCAAUUAUCGAUAUAUUGGUUAUUGCCAUCCUAGCAGACAUUAUUCCUAGCUGAUACUGCCACAUAAUGAGAUUAUUCUGAUUCUACUUAUUUCGUUUCCAGUUAAAUUUUACUAUACAAAUGUAAAUAUUUAUCAUGGUCUCAUUCGUUGGUGUUUUAAUGGGUUUUGUAAAGUUUUGAGAGCCACUGUUUCCUGUUCAGAAGAAGCACUUUUAAAAAAAAAAAUGUUCUGCUGUUAAUUCAAUUCCCUGGUUUUUGUGUACCAAUAUUCCUGUGCAAUCAUUAUUUUUAUUGUUGUUGUCCGUGACGAUAAAUGUAAUUUUAUAAGUUAAUUAUAAACAUAUUUCUAUCAGUGUUUA